CGAGUAUGUUCAAGCCGUCAAAAAAAUGCGAUUAAUUUACCUGAAUAAUCAAACUUAAAGCAACGGUCGGUGCUCGGGGCCCCGAUAAGCAGUGACCCAACCUGAGCGGUGACUCAGAGGGUCUGCUGCCCUCCAGCGUCCACACCUCCCUGGAAACUUGUUGCGGUCAUAACAGCUAGCGGCUAGCUCCCAGCUAACGUUAGCCGCUCAGUAUCCAGCAGCAGUCACAGAGAAGCUCGUGCUCCGUCCACACACCAAUGACAGGGACACCCACCUCACAAAUAUGCGCCGGGAUAUUGACUGACUCUUGGCUGCUUCUCCUCAGCGACGCCCAGUGAAGCUGUCUCUCAUCUCUAAAGCGCAGUAACUUAACUCGGAUAUGGAUCCUGAACGACUGAAACGAAGAGAGGAGAUCCAGAAAGCAAUGAGCUUUAUCCAGUCAUCGUUGCCUUUUCCAGAGCCUGAGAGUUAUGAGCCAUUCCUGACCCAGUUGGUGUGUAACUUGCUGGACGAGGGCAAUUCUUGCUAUCGAGAUGGGGACUGGCGCCAGGCGACCCAGCAGUAUGGGGAAGGGAUAAGCGUCGCCCGCUACGCCCAGGCAGAGGCCCUUGUCAUCCCUCAAGACCUGCUGGAGGGCCUCUACGUCAACAGGGCUGCUGCCUACUAUCAAACGAGGGAGUAUGAGAGAGCUGAUCAGGACUGCGACAGUGCACUAUACAUGGCCGAAGGCAGUCGCAGGGCUUUGUACCGCAAAGCCCUUUGUCUGAGGGAGCUGGGACGACUCAGAGAGGCCUAUGAGUGUGGAACCAAAUGUCUCCUCACAGCACCACACGACCGACAGGUAACCGAACUGGCCCAGGAUCUGGCCAAUAAACUGGGCCUGAAGGGCCGUAAAGCUUACGUCAGCCCUCAGAUAGAGUCCACAGCCAAUGAUGGGGAGAAUCAUGGGGAAACAUCCUCACCCACUGGAGAGAUGUCCUCCAAUGGGCUGGAAUUGCUGGGUGACAUUGGACAAGGGGACAUGUCCAGUGCACAGUGCAUCCCAGCUCCUUUGGCCACACCCAUCCCAGUCAGUGAUGAACCGGCCAGCCCCGUAGCGAGCCCGUGCACUGAUUUGUCAGAGAGCCCCAUCAGCCAGGCCCUGCCUCCCAUGCCGUAUUCUGUCCCGGUGUCCGAGCACAUGGACGAAUGCAACAGCAUCAUCAAAGAUGAACUAGACAGUCUGUUGGAAAGCAACCCCAAGAAAGUCAGUGAGAAUCCUGUCCAGGGUGCUAUCCCCACCAACCUUCCCAACACGGCGGUUGCUCUCCGGCCUCCAUACUCUCCCAACCUUCCGGCCCCAUCUCCACAGCUCCCCCCAGCCUUCUUCAGCUCCCCCAUCAGUGACAUGCCCCCUAUGGAGUCUUACCCGCCGCUGGCCCAGCGGGACCAAGGCUCUACCCAGCCGCAGGACGCACUGGGAGGCUUCUCCACAGAUGGAGAAGGAAAAGCAGGAGUCGCCACUGGCGGGCUGGACUCAUUGUCCGAAUACACUCUCCCUGGGGGACGAGUGUGUCACAGCUUCAUCCCGGGAAUUCGCACCAACAAUGCUGCUCAUGCAAACGGUCCGGCAGGAACAAACUUGUCCCUGCUCUCCCGGAACCCCCUGGCAGCUACGCAUGAGUUUCGGCAGGCCUGUCAUGCCUGUUACAGCCGAAUAGGUCCGCGAGUGAUGGACUACAAAUAUCAGCCAGAGGCAGCACAUCGUUGCAAGAGAGAUGUGCUGUUGUGUCGCCUCAAAAACACAGAUGACCCCACCUGGAAGAGGAUCCGGCCCCGGCCUGCACGGAACAACUUCCUGGGGGCAUUUGUACUCUGUAAAGAGGUGCAGGAGCGUCAGGAGUGCCAGUAUGGGGAGAAUUGUACAUUUGCCUACUGCCAGGAGGAAAUUGACGUGUGGACGCAAGAAAGGAAGGGCGCAUUGAGCCGAGAGCUGCUGUUUGAUCCGCUGGGCAGCACGGAGCGACGGGCGCUCAGCGUCACCAGACUGCUGCAGCUCCACAUGGGAAUGUUUAUGUUCCUCUGUGAGGAAUGUUUUGACAGUAAGCCUCGCAUCAUUAGCAAACGCAGCAAAGAAAACUUAUCAGUCUGCUCAAACCUCACAGCUCGACACCCGUUCGACGAUAACAAGUGCCUGGUGCACGUGGUGAGGUCAGCCAAUGUGCGCUACAGUAAGGUGCGUCCCCUGCACCCCCUCUGUCAGUUUGACGUAUGUCGCCACGAGGUCCGUUACGGCUGCCAGCGCGAGGACAGCUGCUCUUUUGCGCACUCUGUCAUAGAGCUCAAAUGCUGGGUCCUACAGCAGGAUACUGGUAUCACCCACGAAGAGAUGGUGCAGGAGUCCAAGAGACACUGGCAAAGGCUGGAGCAGAAUGCACAGAAGCAGCAGAAGCCCAUCCAUUUCCCCCACCCGAGCAGCGUACCUGCAGGAGGAGUCGGAGGAAUGGGAGGCGGGGGCGGAGGAAUUGGGGGAGACUGCCUCGGUGGCGGCGGCGUUGGACCAGUGGGAGGCAUUGGGGUGGGGGGGUUGGGAGCCGCAGCAGGACGGGGACGACCCCUCAACCUGAAAAUGAAAUUUGUGUGUGGCCAGUGCUGGAGAGAAGGACAGGUCAACGAGCCCGACAAGAACCUCAAGUACUGCACAGCCAAAGCACGGCACAGCUGGACGAAGGAGCGUCGGGUCCUGCUGGUCAAAUCAUUUGAGAAGAAGAAGUGGGUUGUUGUUCGGCCUCUGCCUUUCUCUCGCACCUAUCCUCAGCAAUAUGAUAUGUGUGUGCAUGUGAUGAAGCAGAAGAAGUGCCACUAUAUUGGGAACUGCUCAUUUGCUCACAGUCUGGAAGAAAGGGACGUCUGGACAUACAUGAAGAACAACAGCUUGAGAGACAUGCAACAGAUGUAUGAACUGUGGCUGCAGCUCACCAAUCAGAGUAGACGCACAGAAAGCUCCGCAGUGACGCCGCCUCCAGAGGACAAACAGGUCACUAUAACGGCAGAUUACACAGAAAGCAUGGGAGGACGGCGGUUGUCAGAUGGGGAUGACCUCUGAGUUACUAUGGUGACCAGAGGCAGCUGAUUGCCGCUGAGCUGCAGCCAGACACAGACGGGCCUGCCACACCAGCGAUCCCUGAAACAGUCUGUCACCUUUCCAGUCUGACCUCCGCUAGCAACUAGCCAGCAGUGCAAGAGCAAAUGUCCACACAACAGAACAUUUGACCCCACACACACAAACAGACACAUACACACAAACUAUACAUUCACUCAACACAAGUUACAGGCACUGAUUAACACAAUUAGAAAGCUUCCUUAGUGAAAAUUCAGGACUUGGCUUUAGCUUAUUGUUUGUAUCAUGCAGCAGUUACACACUUUAGGUUCUCCUCCAGGACAUUAUAUCGCAAUCUCCCAGACAACUAGUUGACUAAAAGAAUCAGCUAGUGUUCCCUCGUACUGUUUGGACUGAGCAACUCCGUGUCCACCGGCCACCUCUUUUAUUUUUGUUGUUUUGAAUCCUCGCAGCACUGAAACAGUUCUUGGUUGGGCGCGCUGGUCGCAGCUCUCAAAUAUUGCUUGUUGAUAAAUCAAAACUCAGUUGAAGCUCAGCGCUCUUACACAGAAAGUUUAAAUCGAAACUUCGGAGUGCCAAAAAUACCAAGUCCUCUGUGCUGUCGAUGGCGGUCGAGACUGAUUUGGAAGAGGUUCUUGGUGGACGCUUCCUCGUUAAGCUGCGUAUCAACCAAAUCCCGCUCUCCUUCCUUUUUUGGAGAAUAAUGAUUUUAAGCAUUGUUUUUUUCCAAGGGGAGUUGUACUUCCUUGUUAUAUUGUCUGCCAUAUUGGUAGAACUCAGUGAAUGUAAUGCCUGCAUGGGCCUUUAAAAAACGAGGAAGUUAGUCAUGGAAUCAUGGAAUGUAUGCAAGAACACUUAUUAUGCUCGAAAACAAACUUGUGUAACAUUAGCUUCCCCCCUCUUUAUUGUUAAAAUAUAAAUCCUGUGAUAGCUGUUUAUGGAAUCAUGCCAACUGGUCCGGUGAUGAAAGAGCCUGGACACACACACCCCCACACAUUAACCCAACUAGAUCUUAUGAAACAUCUGUGGCUUAUGUACAUUUGGCUAAAGGCUUGUGUUUGUGCCACUCUGCUCAAAGCAGCGGACAGAUGUGAAGCUGGUGUCACAAGGCUGCAGAGAGGUGACUGCACAACAACAUACAACAUCCUGCCUGAGCUGCUCUCAGCAAUAGAUUAGUAGACAUUAAACGUUCAGACCGCAGAUGCCCAUCAGGAAAUGAUGACCUCACUUGGACUAAAGAACAGUGACAGUUCUGACCGUGCUGAAGACUUAAGUUGUGUGAAAAAGAUAUAAGCUCUUGAAAUUGAGAAAAAAACAAGAUCUGCUCCAGAUAAACAAUGAUUUAAAGAAGAAAAUGAUUGAGAAAAGAUAGGAAGGAUAUAUUUUUUUAUCGUGGAUUGUUUAAGAUUUGAGAAGUCGCUGCAUCUUCAGUCAAACUGGGGUCAUCAUUUCACUGCGCACCCACCAUGCUCCCUCAGCCUUCAAAUGGAAACCUGUGUUCCUCAUAUGCACCCAAAUGUUUUGUUCCUGAUAGCUAACAGUAGCCCUGAGAUAAAAAAAAUCAACAACCUUUUUUAUCGCGGGAAACCUGCUAGCUUGACAUCGGGAGACAAUUCACGCCGCAUAUUGUGCCUCUAAACAACAUAUUCACAUGUGACACCAACACACACACAGACAGACACACUCACUCACUCACCAACCCCCAGAGGUAGAAUAUCUGCCGUCAUCGUAUUCUAACCUUUAAUGUGGAAGGAGACGCGAUGGAGGUAUGUCAAUAUUCAGAUACAUAUACACACAUAUUAUGCAUAUUUACGAAUAAUGGUAUACUACUAAUAAUAAUUGAUAACUUAGCGGUUAAGCUUAAUAAAUAUAUAACCUGAAAACCUGUAUUGAUUACAUAGAACUUCUUGUUAUUGAGGUAUUGCUAUAUGACAUGUAUCGCUGAACUAGAUGACUAUAGUGAUUUUUUUUUUUUUUAAUGAUUCUUUUAUUUUGUAAUUUUUCCUUCUGUGUGGGUUGUUCCAGACGGGGGUUCGUUUGUAGGGACUGCAGCAGAAGUAGAACUUGAUUUCUGACGGUUAAACGUUUAACAUCGAGAGCAGAGACGUGGAGUAAAUCACCCAGAUGAGAGGGUCAUUUAGGUUUUUCUUAUUUUGUAAGUGCAGCAGCUAUACUAUGUGUACAGAAGCAUGCAACGAAUAGAUGAAAUUUACACAGAAGCUGAAAUUUAUAUUUCAAAUAUUAUUUUUUAAUGCUGAGUGGCUUCAGUUCACUGAAUCAAUUUAGCACACAGCUUAAAUUCCGAUGUUGCACUCAAACAGUACUAAGAAUGUUAUGGCUAACGCCUGGGCCACACUAGGUGCAUGUGCAGUGUGUGAUGGCUGUGUCGCUGAUCUGUUGCGUGGGUUUCUGGUAUGACUACUGUAUUCCCAUGAAUUAAAGUAGCCUAUGUAUUCAACUAAAUACCAGAACUCUGAGGUAUGAAGCUGUGCAUCUUCCAGCCCAAAAAUAACAAUUGAAACCUUAUUUAAACAAAUUAAUGCAUUCAGUCAACAGAAACGCUAGACGCUAAAAGCUGCUUUUACUUUGAGACAGGUACAGGAAGUGUUGCAACUAUUAAUGUUUGUGACAGAUGAACUGCACGUGUCGCGCAGAGAAAAUAGGCAGCGUCUCUCAAGCAUCCAGUGUUGCCUGGGCGUAACGGGCGCGAAAAGUUAUUAAGUUGAAACAAAAGUGUUUUAUUUCGUAUAGAUGUGAAUAUGAAACCAAUGAAUCGUAUAUUUGUUUUGUUUCUUCCCACCUCUGUCUGCAGUCCCACACAUUUAGGCCAUUGGAUUAAUACUAAACAGAUAAAUAGUUGUGAGGUCACAGGGUGGUUAUCAUCCAGCUCCUGAAUUUGAACCUGACCUUUCGGGGACUAUUGGUAUCAAGCCCUUGUCUGGAACAGCCCAGGUAUUAGCUUCUUUGAGGGAUUGUAUUACUCUUAGUAUUAUGAUGAAUAUGAUGACGAUAAUGAUUGCUAUCUAUUGACUAUUUCUAUUUCUCUUCUAUAUGCUAUUGAUAUAUGUAUGUUAAUUGCAAUGUAUAACUUUCUCUUUAUAUAUGUAUCCAUGUAUAAAUAUAAUAAUUUACAGUAAAUAUGCAUCUGUGUAUGCGGCAGUGCACAGCUCCAUCUGGGAGGCAGUGAGCAGAAAACCUCAGACUCCUGAUGGCUGCUGUAGGAAGGUUCUCGAGUUUGUCGGUCCUACAGGUGGUGACCUCCAUAUACACAGUAUGGUAGGCGUACUAUAUAUUAAGUCUGUCUGAGCUCUGCUUGUAGGCCUGAAGAGAGUUUAAAGGUGACAAAAAUAGAUAUUUGAUGAUGAAAGUAUAUAUAUACUGUAAACUGUUUCCCCUCUUCAGUGUCAACCUACCAGCAGAGCUCUCUGCUCACUGCCUGUGCUGUGCAUCUUUCUUUGUUUUGAGUUUGAGUCUCUGGUCAGGGACAAAAGCAUACAUAGAGGCCUAUAUACUCCCAUAUAGCGCCUUAUUUGAUAUACUACAUCUAUAAGAUGAUACAUACCCCUAUUGUAUAAUCCUUCUUACUAUAUACAGUAUAUGAUACCUGAUACCUAUUAUAAUACUUAGACACUCAUAAGGUAAUUUAGAUAAGAGAUGGUGGAGCUGUUUUUUUUUUCUCUGUGGCUGUGGAAGAGUUUGCUGUUGUCAGUGACGUGUUCCCAUCUUGUUUUUCAGGGAGUUUUCAAAAAAGGACAGGUUGUUAGGAGAGCGCAAUAUACUUUACUGAUCUUUAUCAUUCAAGUGGACCAACAAUUUUCCCAUCCUUGUUUGAAGUCCUGCGUUGAGAGACCUGCUGAAGGGAAUAGUUUUGACCGAAAAAAGCCGAACAUUUUGCAGAAGGCUCCUCUUCCAUUGUUGGAGAAAGACGGGCAUUGAUUAUAUAAUUGACACACGGAAAGACGUAAAAAAAAAAAGAAAGCUGAAAUUUGUGUGCUUUGUGUUCUGUGUGUGUUGUUAAAGGCGAGCAAAUCAUGUCACUAAUUUAAAAGGGGGGCAGGUUGCUGCUGCAGCAUCUGUACAUGAAACAAAUCUCCCGUCGUAAUUGUUUAUUCAAGAAGGUUUUUCCGUCAUAAACAAACUUGGUAUUGCCCUGUUGUGCAACUUCACAGUAGAUACUUUAUCAGUCUCCCUUAUCAAGUACGAUUUGAUUUGCCCUUCAUGCUUAAAAGGUGAGGAAACCCGUCCAUGAGAUGUGAGGUUUGUCAGGCAACGGUCAUUGACCCUGCGGCCAAAAUGACUGCUUUAUGUCCUGUCGUCUAUAAAUUGUUCAAUUUGUGUCGAUCUUUUCUUUUUCCUGAUCCCUUACAGCUUAAUCAGUAGCGUGCACCAAUAAGAGCCAGUAAGAGACCAUUUUGGAAUCUGAAAUGAAAUAAAAAAGGAUCCUUCGGCUUCAAAACUCUUUUAACAUUGUAUGCUGCAUUACUUUUUCUGACUUAUGAAGCGUUUUCACAUCCUUCUCAACAUGAAUGGAAGGGUUCUCAGUUAAAGGUGACUUUAUUCCCCUAAAACACGCUUUGGUUUUUAUUAUAACAUAGUUUGUUAAAAGAUGGGGACUGUCUCAAUAAGUGGUGACGUCCAAAUUCCAUUACAAAUAUCCAUUCUACAAGCCUUUAACCUUCCAAGCUCCUCCAAGACUUUAGCAUAAGAAACCCACAACAUGUGCGGCCUCUCACUGCCUCAAAUGCCAUCACUACAACACUAAUACUUGAUCAAGUGGGUGGUCUUGCUGGUGUUUAAGCAGAUUAUAUUGUUUAUUUCGCUACCAAACCUUUGAAAGUGUAAUUCAUUGAUUUAAGAGAAAUGUUUCUACUUGGUUAUUAUAACUCUAGAAGUCAGUUGGUUUAAAGGUUGUCUUUGUCCUUUCUCUGAGUAAAACGGCUCGUGUCCUGUGCGGUACUGGUUAUUCCAUCUGUAGUUAAAGUGAAUGACGCGGUUCUCAGCUGUGAAACACGCUUCCCAGUCAGUAAAUACUCAUGUGACAGCCACCCACCCCCCUCCCUCCCAUUCCCAGCAACCUUUAUAUAGUUGGUGUCAUUUGAUUUGCCACAAAAACACACACUUAACCAGCACCAAAAAAACUAUCUUAAUGAAUCUCUUUUCAUUCGGUUAGAAAAUUAUUAUUGGUUAUUAGAAUUGUUUUACAACAACUCAGAUGAAGAAAACCAGGGUUGUAAAGAAGUUGAAAAUACAAGGCCUCUUUUUGUACUGUAUUUUUACAUUUUGUUGGUUUAUGUUUUGUCUUAUCUUCUUGACUUUGUUUUCUCUUUUCUCCUCCCUGGUUGGAAAUUCAUGAUCACACAAGUGGACCAAAUCUCUUGAAAGCAUUUAAUAAACAGACCGUUUUAGAA